GACAAUGACAAGAAACUUCAAGCUGUAGCAAUAGUAGGUAUCAAAUUGCCCUCAGCACCUUUUGUAAAGACAACAAUAUGGCUCCAUUUGACAAGACGAAGUCAUAUGCUUCACAGGAAGAAACAUUUUUCGAUGACGGUAGGGAAGAAGAACUUGUCGAGUUUGUGCGAAAUCAUCACGAUCGAUCUAAGAUUCAAGGUUCGCCGGCGAACGUUCUGAGAGCUAUCGAUGAGUAUGGACGAACGAAGAGAUAUCUCAUGAAUGUAGGAGAGGACAAAGGAGCUAUUGUCACCAAGAUAAUCAGUGAAAGAAAGCCUCAUAUAAUGGUUGAGCUCGGAGGGUAUUGUGGAUAUUCUACAAUACUGUUUGGGUCAGCAGUACGGGCUGCAGGUGGAGCGAAGUAUUAUUCGUUGGAGAGAAGUCCGAAGUUCGCGAAAGUUAUCACUGCUCUCGUGGAAUUUGCUGGUCUCGAAGAAUUUGUUGAAGUGAUCGUCGGUCCUAGUAACGAGGGAAUUCAAACACUACAUUCUCGCGGGUUGAAGACCAUUGAUAUGAUGUUCCUAGAUCACUAUAAGCCAGCAUACACGACUGACCUAAAGUUAUGUGAACAACUGGGCCUGAUCAAAAAAGGAACAGUUCUUGCUGCCGACAAUGUUAUCAGUCCAGGAAAUCCUCCAUAUCUUGAAUAUGUGCGAAGCAAUGUCGAGGACAAACUUCAAAAGCUUAAGCACGAGGGACAGCUGGAUACUGAUGGGUUUGCGAAACGUUCUGCCACUCAGUAUGGUGGUAUUGAAGCUCUAGACACCGGAAUCAAAGGCAAUCCCAAAAUCAUAUACGACAGCCAAUUGAUCAACAGCUUCGAGCCUACUGGAGAACCAGAUGGAGUGGAAAUAACUCGGUGUAUGGGGGAAGUUGGAGGUAGCCAGUCGUAGAUUUGAACGUUGGUCUGGGAUCUGUAUCUUUUGACCAUUUGAUCAGGUCUUCAUCUGCAAUCGAUCGAGGCGGGAAAGCUUCCUGUGGAUCCUCUAAUUUCCGCCAUUGCGGAGUAUAUAUGCGAGUGGGGCGCGAGAUACCAGUGUGCUAAAACGCGGCUCUUGUUGCUUCUCGCCACUCUCUCGCCACUCAGUGACCUUGCGACAAUGAGUAAGAGGAUAUGAUCUCCAGGUGUCGCUUUAUGAUACAGAUUACCUAGGUACUUGAAUAUUGAUACCAUUUAACUUUGACAUGGACUGCAAUAAAUCGAAAGCUGUGCUGCGGAGUGUAUCUCAUAGAUGGAUCAAAUUAUUAAGACGUGUGGUUGAGGUAGAAUUAAGGUACA